AUGGCACCGUCGGUUUCCAUACUCGAGACCGCAUCGCGGGGCAGUGAAUUUCGCAACUUUAUUCCUGAGCCAGGACAUCCUCGUAUUGAUGGACUUGACCAAACCGAUAUCGAGACUUACUCCAAGAAGAUUGCGAGUGAUCCGCAUGUAAUUCAAGUUUUCGAUAAAUGGAAGGCGGAGCUCAGAGAACCAUUUUACGGGAUCACGACCGACGGACGGCGCAAAGAGGGAAUUUUUAAAAGAGCCGAUGAGGGUGCUCCGGUCGAGGAAAUGGUCGCUGCGGCCACGGAGCUCCGAGCUCUUCUUUCGGAGCAGGAGCUGCGCAUUGCGAGCCACGACAUUGAUUCGGAUGCAUGGAGAAAAUGGUCCAAUCCUGAAGUUUUAAUUUUCAAGUAUGGUUUGCAACUUCAGUCUCUGGAGUCAUAUAAAAUCGAGGCAAUCCUCAAGCUGGUAGAGGCUAGUUUGAGCAAGACGGGGUAUUACAAGCUCAAGGCCGCGAUGGAGACGAACCACUUCCUCGGAGAAUUAUGCAACGCAGCGCCUAUUUUGAAUCGACACAGCUACCAAUUCUCCUUAUUUGGAACGCCCUCCGCAACUAAGCCGUGGGGCUUUUCCCUCAAUGGACACCAUGCCUGUCUGAAUAUCUUCAUUUUGGGGAGACAGAUGACGAUCAGCCCGGUCUUUCUCGGUGCUGAACCCAAUCAAAUCGACGCCGGGCCACAAAAGGGGCUGACACUCUGCGCUGAAGAGGGGGCCUACGGAUUAGAAUUGAUGAACACUCUCCCGGAACAACUUCAGCAGAGGGCCCAAAUUUACAAGGAAAUGUAUACCGACGACAUGCCUCCCGGCCGCUGGAACCCAUACGACCAGAGGCACCUCGGAGGCGCAUUCCAAGACAACCGCAUCAUCCCUUACGAAGGCGUCAAAGCCACAGAAAUGCCGCUCACACAGCAAGGUCUUCUGUUAAAAGCCGUCGCCUCGUUCAUCAUCCUGCUCCCGCCUAAGGCCUUUGAGGCCCGCAUGCAGCAAAUCAAGAGCUAUCUCCACGAGACCUAUUUCUCUUGGAUCGGAGGCUUCGGCGAUGACGAUGCGUUUUACUUUCGCAUUCAAAGCCCUGUUAUUAUGGUCGAGUUUGAUCAUCACUCUGGGGUUUUCCUGCUCAAUAAGGUCCCGGCCAAAUAUCAUGUUCAUACCAUUAUAAGAACGCCGAAUGGGAAUGAUUAUGGACGGGAGUUGUUGAAACAAUUUCGAAAUGGAGUGCAGGAGCAGAGAUUUUGA